UGAAUACAUGUACAACUGUAACGACUAACGAGAUGUUUUAAAUGUAAAUAUAACAUUUCUAAUGGAGAAUUUUUCGAGAGUUGAAAAGAUAGGCGAAGGAACGUAUGGCGUUGUAUAUAAAGCAAGGGAUAGAAUAACUGGAAAUGAAAUUGCGUUAAAGAAAAUUAAACUUGAAAAUGAACCCGAGGGAGUGCCCUCAACAGCUUUGCGGGAAAUAUCCGUAUUAAGGGAAUUGAACCAUCCAGCAGUUGUGCGUCUACUUGAUGUUUUGCUGGCAGAUACUAAACUAUUUCUUGUGUUUGAAUUUCUUCACAUGGAUCUAAAGAGGCUUAUGGAUAUCACAAAAGGACCUCUUAAACCUGACUUGGUGAAGAGUUAUCUGAAACAGUUGCUAGACGGUGUGGCUUAUUGUCACGCUCAUCGAGUCUUGCACAGAGAUCUAAAGCCACAGAAUUUACUAAUAGAUGCUGAGGGGCACAUAAAGCUUGCCGACUUUGGGUUGGCGCGCGCAUUUGGAAUUCCCGUUCGCGCCUACACUCACGAAGUUGUCACGUUAUGGUAUCGAGCACCUGAAAUCUUGCUCGGUGCUAAAUUCUAUUCUACAGCUGUUGAUGUUUGGAGUUUAGCUUGCAUUUAUGCAGAAAUGGCAAGCGGCACUACAUUAUUCCCGGGCGAUAGCGAGAUCGACCAACUGUUCCGGGUGUUCCGUGCUUUGGGUACACCUGGAGACGAGGUGUGGCCGGGCGCGCGGCUACUUCCCGACUACCGCGCUGCGUUCCCGCGCUGGCCGGCUCGCGAUGCGCGAACAUUAUUACCGGCAGCGGUUCGUAGUUUGCCCCACGCUGCCGCACUGUUCGAGGCCAUGUUGCGCUAUGAGCCCAGUGAGCGUAUUUCGGCGCGCUCGGCGCUACUACACGCCUACCUAACUGAUGCCCACCUCAUACCACCCGCGCUGCCAGUCUCCACCAUCACACAGACAUCCUUAGACGUUACCGAUCUUUGAUACCCAUUGCUAAGAUAUUGUAAAUAGUAUUUAUUGUUUAUUAAAUUUUUAAUGUGCCUUUAAAAAUAAAAUAUUGUACUUGCAUUAAGUUAUUUUUUUUAUAUAUUAUAUUCAAAGAGAUAUAUUUUUAUAAUAUAUGCAGACUGAAUAAAACUCUAUCCUAAAA